AUGGCUCCGUCGGCAGCACUCGUACAACAGCUCCAGGGCGUCAUUCCUCAGGAAGCACGCAAGUCUCUUCGCGACGAAGUAAUUCCGGCGGUUUUGGGAGCUGUUUCAGACAUUGCCAAGACGCUUCAUGCCUCGCAACAUGUCUCAUUGGCAGGAACCGCGAAUGCUUUCGGCGACGACCAGCUGAACGUCGAUGUCGCUUCCGAGAAUGUCAUGCGCGCCGCGAUUGCUGAGUGCCCGACGAUACAUACCGCAAGCAGUGAAGAGGAUCCGGUGGAGAAGCCAGCAAGGAUAUUAACGAACGGCAAUGCCGACGACACCCCGGCGUCUUCGGAAGAAUACACCGUUGCUUUCGACCCCCUGGAUGGUAGCUCUAUUAUUGCACCGAACUGGACCGUUGGAACAAUCGUCGGAAUCUGGGAUGGACGCACUGCGGUCGGGCAGUCGCCACGGGAGAAGCAGAUUGCUGCCGUGAUGGGCGUCAUCGGACCCCGGACUACAGCCAUAGUUGCGCUCCGCAUCCCGGGUGCCGAGGCUGCGUGCUUCGAGAUCGGCUUCGGUCAGAGUGGAGUGGAGGACUGCGAGAUUAUUCGCACAGUUGUCAAGCUGGCAGAGGGUCCUUUCAAGACUCGCUACUUCGCGCCAGCUAACCUGCGCCAUGCGGCGGAUGAUGAGAGAUACGGUGCUCUCAUCACACGGUUCAUCCAGAAGAAGUAUACGCUGAGAUACUGCGGCGGUCUUGUCCCUGAUAUUGUGCAUGCGCUUGUCAAAGGGCACGGUGUGUAUGUUAUGCCCGUGACUCCGGGAACGUUGCCGAAGUUGCGGUUCCUGUAUGAGCUCUACCCGAUCGCCCUGAUCAUGGAGGUCGCUGGUGGAAAGGCGAUCGACCCGUCAGAUGGAAAGCCCUUACUGGAUAGGGUCUCGGUUGACUGCGAUGGAAGAGCUGGGUUGAUCUGCGGUACCGCGGAGGAGGUAGACAUCGCGAAGGCUGCUCUCCUUGACUGA